CUCGGCCUCUGCCGCGCAGCACUGUGGGAGUUGGAGUCCGCGGCGUCGCCCUCCCAGCCGAGGCCCGUGAAGCCAUGAAGCGGGUAAGCAGUAGCAUGUCCAGCGAUGACAUAGUCUUGGAGGACUUGGAGACCGAAGGGGAGAGGCAGCUGAGGAGUCUCCUUCACCAUCAGCUGGACACUUCGGUGUCCAUUGAGGAAUGCCUGUCCAAAAGGCAAUGUUUUGCCCCUGCUGCCCUAUACAAGCCCUUUGGGGAGGUGGCCGCCGGGGCUCUGACUUUAUCCCAGUUCCAGGCGUUGCAAGAGAGUGACCGGGAAACGGCUUCGCUCCGGGAGCUGGGGCUGACCGAUGCCGAAAUCUCCCUUUGGAAGAACCGGGCUUCGGAGGCCAAGAGUGCAGGCCUUGGGGCCGCCCCCGAAGCCACCCUGGAACGUCUGAGGAACAUCGAGGAAAAGAUCUCCGAGCGCCAGCGCAUCCUGUCCCUGCCUCAGAGAUUUGCGGGAAGCAAGCAGCUGAACCGGAGGGAGAUGGAGAUUGAAAAUGCUUUGUUCCAGGGGACGGACCGUCACUCCUUCUUGAGGGCUCUCUAUUACCAAGACGAAGCUCGGCAGAGAGUACAGAAGGACCCCAUGAGCGACUUGGAAACAGUUUAUCAAGAAAUCCUGACUCAGACGCCCCAAGAGCCCCACGAUCCCACGCAAGUGGCCUCGGCCUCCCGGUCCGCGGCCCCAGAGGCCCCAGGGACUCCGGGCCGGGGUCGUGAGGCGGCCGAGGACACGUCAGAGCCCCGGCGACAGGACGGUCGGGCUGCACAGGACGAAGCUCCUGGCCUCCCUGGGCCCGAAACCCCCCAGCAUGCCAGCGCUGCCCCCAGAAAGGUAACGGAGCCGGUGGCCUUUGUCCCGGAAGAUGAGAUCCGGAGAAAUCGCCUGUCAGAGGAAGAAAUCCGAAAAAUUCCCCGAUUUUCUUCGUACAGCCCCGGAGAGCCAAGCAAGGUGCUGUAUCUGAAGAACCUCAGCCCCCGCGUGACGGGGAAGGAGCUGGUCUCCUUGUUUGCCCGGUUCCAGGAGAAAGAAGGGCCCCAGAUUCAGUUCCGCUUACUGACCGGACGGAUGAGAGGCCAGGCUUUCAUCACCUUCCCCAGUACCGAGCUGGCCCAGCAGGCACUGUUGCUGGUGAAUGGCUUCAAUCUUCUGGGGAAGACCCUGGUGAUAGAGUUUGGAAAGAACAAAAUGCAACCGACCGGUCUUCUCUCAGCCCCCCUUCCAGCGGAGGCCACCAGCGGCCUGGAGAAGCCCAGAAGCAGCUAGAAGGUCGAAAAUUGGGAGCCCGGAGAAGGUCUCUGCUAUCUCAGCUUCUAAGAUCAGGGAUAAAGGGGAGUUCCGUCCGAGGUGAAGGAGGAAAAUUUUCCCCUGUCAAAAGUGGGCAAGGUCACCAAGACUGCUCUCCUCAAGGUGAAGAUGCAGGCGGUUUGAGGAGGAAAUUCAAAGGAAAUAUUUUUCAAAAAUGAGACUGAGGUAGCAGGGUUGUCAGAUUGUAUAGGUGACAGAUUGUCUCAUCCUCGGGUAGGACUGAGGUCACUGGGGGUUAUCACCAAAUUAUUCACAGCCGGUCUUGGAGAACUUUCCUCUCUCUUCCUUAGGGUGACAAACCUACCUCUCCUUAGGAAAUAUUUAUCACUGUCUGUAGAGGAGAACAGUUGUUGGGAACACAUGUUCCAGUACAAUCUGACCAUCUAUCCUCCUUUAAACAUCUAGGCUGAAGGGAUUACCAUCCUUAAGAGCUGCUGAGGGAAAGGGUGACAUUCAUUCCUGAGAGGGUCCAAAUCCAAACAAGGCUGACCUUGGUUGGGGGGUGACAGGGGAGAUGAGGGGAGAAUGAGGGGAAGAGGGUGAAUGCCCACUCUCCCCAUGGUGAGGACAACUUUAAAGAAAAUAGGCAAAUGGGCCACUUUAAGGCCAAGAACUGUUUCUGUUCUGUAGCAACGCAGUCCAGGGCCCUGGCCCCUCUCAGUAAAUAGUUGCUCAAUAAAUACUGAACAAAGCUGGUUAUAUUUAUAUGGAUUCGAUUAGUUUUAGACCAGUCGGUCCCUAAAUCAAGAGAGUAAAAAGAUAGGUUUUUGUUUGAGAUCAGGUCCAGGCCCCAGAUUUCCCAUAAGAAAGAAUAAGCACAAAAGCGAACAUUCUUAAUUCAAGUAUGAAAACUACACAACUUAACCCUGACUUUCCCCUGAGCAAGGUCAACACUUACUCUUUUCCCGGCUUCUGAUGGGUGGGCCAUGGUGCACUUGUCCAGGUGUGAGGCAGAGGGGGCUUCUCCCAAUUCCUCUCCCCUUGCCUCUCCAUUCAAGGGUGUUAACUCAUUAUU